GGUAUACAAAUGGCGCGAGUCGCUAAAAAUCAGAAGUGUUACAUAGCUGAGAAGUGAAAGCUAUGCUUGACAUUACAUGACCCUGUUGUAAAUUGUGUUAGCGAGUGGCUGUUCGCCAAAAAUGUCGUUUUAUGUACAAUAAUUGAUUGGAAAAUGAUGGAUUCACAGAGAAGUAGUGAUUUCCAGGCCACCAACAGAAUAUUUCGCAAAGUAGUUCAUCCUGGCUUGGAUUCUCUACGACUCGUUGACAAGAAUGGCAUGCCCAUUACCACUCCACUUAGCAGCAUGAAGCAGAAAAUGUUCAUCCUUAGUCCACGAGGAGUUCCAACCCGUGUUACAAAUCAUGUCUACAGUGGCCAACCAAUGCGUAUGUCACGUCCCUAUUCUGAAGGGGUUGUAGGAUGGAAAUAUCCAUAUUCUCCAUCAGACCUUAUUCUCAGUGAACAACUUUAUUUGCUGUCUCAUUUAGAGAAGCCAGAUUAUUACAAUGAAAAUUCUUAUGACCCACCAACAUAUAGGACUACCCAAUCAGUCUCUCCGUAUAGCUCCAAAAGGAGUGCAAACUACAACAGAGGGGGGCGACAAAUGGCCAAGGCAAAAAGUGCUUCUAGUCGAGGGUACUUAAGUAGUGUAGCUGAUGAGAAGAGAUAUCUACAGUCAGCCAGCAGCUCUCAGAGUUCUCGCUGGAAUACAAGCAGUCAGGGACUCAGACUAGAGAAAGAAUGGACAGAUCUGGCCAACUCUAGAUCUCUUAAAAGGAAUUCAGAGAUAGUAUCACACAGAGUUGACAGGAUGUAUUUUAUGACUGGUAACUCCAUUAACAUCAAGCCCAAGUAUCACGUGGAUGAUGAGGAACUGAAACAGCUUCGAGAACUCUCCAAAUCCAGACAGUCCUCACGGCGGCAAAACCGGUGUGCUCAUUUCAUGGAACCCUGUGUUGAAGAGGAAUCUGUGUGUCCAGAGCCUAGUGUAAUAGAGGAAGAAGAAACCAUGGGUUCUGAAGAUGAGUUGAAUCAAAUAGCACCCAAUAUCAACCACAGCAAAAAUCAUUCUGUUCAGUCUAUGGUUCUGGAGGGCACUUCAGAAAAAGAUUUAGAAAUACAGAAAGCAUCACAGAAUCAAUAUGAAGAAGUCCCAGAUAAUGUUGAAGAUGAAGGAGGAUAUAAUAUGAGGACUCCUAACUUAUUACAGAGAAAUACAGGCUCAGUGGUGAGCAGUUCUGGUGACCCUGAAUGUGGGCAGCAAUCUGGAGACAUGAAGAUUGUGAGUCCAGAGGAAGGAGAAGUGAUUGAGCAAGAGAAGGAAACUGACCAGGAUGUUGUUUAUGAUGGAAGCUCAAAGAGCAUGAGAAACAAUGCAGACGAGGUAGAUGAGAAUUUGUUGAAAGACCCAUCAUCAGAAUUUGUAGAGUCUAAUGAUACUACAGACCUGAAAUUAAAACCAUUAUCUCCAAAUCUUAGUCAUAUUAGUAAGGAGUCAGGAAUUCAAAUAGAUCAAGAAUUUAAUGAAGAACUACCAUCACAGGAGCCUUCGGAACCAAGAGAUUCUGAAAAGGAGCACGAAUGGGAAGACAGGAUCAAGUUUACUCACUGGAUUGUAGAUUUUGAUGAUGUGUCUGUGGCUGAUCUGUUGGCUCACGGAGAAAAGAAUAUCAUUGGUGAAUGUAUGACAACACUUCUGAAGGAUUUCUAUGCUGGUGUGAAGAAACCUAGGUUUGAAUACAAAACAGGAAUUCAAUUUCAACAAAAUCUAAAAAAGAAAGUUGUAAAGAAACCUAAAAUAUGCAAGAACAAGGAGAAAGGACCAUGUAUAGAAACACCAGUAGCAUGUAAAGAGGGGACAUAUUUUAAGAAGUUCCCAAACAGGAAAGCCAGUCAUCAUGGCUACAACAGACUCCAUCAGAUGCCAGUAAAAUGUGGGUGUAGGGAGAACAAAGGAAAUCUGAACAGUGAUUUGUUUAUUGAAGGGACCCCUGUUCCUAUCUAUAAGUUAGUUGAUGAUACAAUGGAAGAAUUCAAGCUUCAUUACUUGUAAAAAUGGUUUUUCAUAAAAUUUAUUACUAAGUAAUAUAUUUUGCAAUUUUACCAAUUU